GGCGUAUCCAACGAUGACGAAGCGACGUCUGUUUCCUGCAGAUCUACCCGAAGCAAAGCGUAUCUUUGGCGCAGCUCUGCACGGCUUGGACUCGGCGUAUCGUCCUUUCAAUGCUCUGUACGACGAGAUAAUCCUCGUCAUAUUCUCUUAUUUGUUGUAUACGGACCUCUGUGCUGUGCAGCAUGUUAGCAGAGACUGGUCUCGCCUUGCACUAGACAACCAGGUACUUGGCACACUCGCAGGCCCAUCCGUUGGAGCGCUCGCUGAACUUGCAUCCACCGGGAUAGUUAUGGAAGAGACUGUACUUGAGCGAGUAUGGUCGCACUAGGUUGAGAGGUGUGAGGGGAUUUAUUGGGAGGAGCGAUGGAAGAGAGACGAAGCCUCUUCCUGGUAGGGCGAAGCAUGAGAUGCCUGAGGACUUCAGAGAUUGGAAGUGGAUGUUCCGGAUUAGCUCAAACUGGCGUACUGGACGAUGUUCAGUCGAACGUUUGCAUGCUGAGCCCGAGCUUUCACAAAGCGUACCCGACUCCGCCGACCGAGCUCUCUACGGGACCCAUGUCUUACUGGCAGGCACUCUCACCAUCACAACCGUCAAGACCCAGUCUGAACACCCAGAACUCCAGCUUGUAUCCCCCUUCCACGGCAUGCAUUCUCUGAUAUGCCACACCCCGCGAUCUCAGCCGUCAACAUUCGUAACAGCCUUGGCGCUAGACCAGUCUCCGCCCGCUCACGCACACUGCGUCCGCCUAGCGGCCUUCCUCUCUACUGGAGAGUUCGUCGUUUUCUCGGUGAACCAUCACCACCCAACACAGUCUAUUAAGCAGCUCGCUUACUUACCUGCGGCAAGCAUACCUCGGACGACGCCCAUAAUCCAGGCUGCCCUGCAUGGACGACUCCUGGCGACGCUAUCUCGGUCCUUUCACCUCUCACUAUACGAGCUCUCUUCUGGUAAUAUCAUACACAAGCAGACGCUCUCUUCGUUUACUUCGCAUCCACCGAGUUCGCUUGUGCUAACGCCCUCCGGCACCGGCACGUACAAGCUCAUUAUCGCGUACGCGAUACCCGUCUUCCCGGCACAUUGGAGUGUCGGCGCAACGGAGCUUAUCAUCACGACAUCGCCGUCGUUCGUCGUGUCUUCGUCGCGCACAAUCCGCGCGUACGACGUCCCUUCUGGUUGGAUCGACGAGCACAAGCUGCGGCUCAUGCGCGAGCAAUGGGGUCGCAGAGUCGGGCGUGUCGCGGACACGCAGACCGAUGGCAAGUGGGUCGUGCUUGCACCGGGUGAUCCGCCUCCGCUAGCCAAUACAGACAGUACUCCGGAUUCGGGUUCCGACUCGCCGUCCGCGCCAUCCUCACCGUCUUCGUCGACAACGAGCAGCUUCAUCGCGUCGCGCAUGCACUCGCCGAGCUCGCUGCAGCUGUACCGGCUCUACCUCCCGUCUGGCUCGUCCCCGCCGAAGCUCACGUACGUACGCUCGUUACACGGUCAGCUCGGCCCUGUCACUGCGCUUGCCCUCGCGGACGGUCGUUGCGUCAGCUUGGGCGCGAAUGGGAGCAUCUGGGUGUGGGACCUCGAAGCUGGCACCGGUGCCGAAGUCUUUGUGGGUGCAAGCCCGGCCGAUGGUGACGCGCCUGUUGCAGAGGUCCCUGUAACCAAGGGACAUGUCGUCUUUGAUGAACGGAGAAUCAUCAGUGCGGACGCGAGAGGUGUAGAGGUUCGGCGAUUCGACAUAUGACGUGAGCUAACUUAUCUUAAUUUUGGCUGUCCGCGCCGUACUAUACUGUCUUUCAUCGUGGCCCUAAACAAACACUGUACACCUACUGUAAUGUGC